AAAAGUCAUUUCGUCUCCCAAGUCUAAACAAGAAACAUUUAUUCCAAAUUUGAACUAUUUUCGGAACUACAUGUAGAGCCGCAUUUGAAAUAGUUCCCCCAAGAUCUCAUUUUGUCUUACUAAAGCCUAGACUGGUUACUUCGUGACUCGACAGUGUUUCCUGAGAGACCUUAUGUCAUUAUCAUGAACCCACAAUAGUACUAGAUCCCAGCAUUAACGAUAGCCUCGAACGUUUAGACCUGCCUCUUCCGAAACACCUCCGAGACUACCGCGUAUUUGAACCGCCAAGUCGCCCUUUUUUUCUCUCAAGACCGAUUUAUACUUAUAUACCCACCCGACUACGCAAUCGGCGUGGAAAAUACCAUCAAAGUGUUUUCCCGGACAGUAACAAGAAGACUUUGCGCAGGCGCAUCCGGAAUUUCAGCAGCAGCCUUUGCCUCCGCUGGCCUUCAAAAUUACACGCAACAGUCAAGUCAGAUUCCAAAGUUAGCGACUAGGAAAAUGCAUAGCAAGGUUGUCAUUAUCGGGUCUGGGCCUGCCGCCCAUACGGCUGCCAUCUACCUCGCCCGUGCUGAGCUGAAGCCAGUUCUCUAUGAGGGAUUCAUGGCAAAUGGUAUCGCUGCAGGUGGUCAGCUAACAACUACCACCGAGAUCGAGAACUUCCCCGGCUUCCCCAAGGGUAUUAUGGGUGGUGAGCUGAUGGACGCUAUGCGAGCGCAGUCGGAGCGAUUUGGAACUACGAUCAUCACCGAGACCGUUGCGAAGCUCGACCUCUCCUCCAGACCAUUCAAGUAUGAGACCGAAUGGGCCCUCGGCGACGUGCAUACCGCAGACACCGUUAUCAUUGCUACGGGAGCUUCUGCGAGGCGAUUAAAUCUGGCCGGAGAGGAAAAGUACUGGCAGAACGGUAUCAGCGCAUGCGCAGUCUGCGAUGGUGCAGUCCCGAUAUUCCGGAAUAAGCCCUUGGUAGUCAUCGGUGGCGGAGACAGCGCUGCUGAAGAGGCUACUUUCUUGACGAAAUACGGUAGCCACGUCACGGUUUUGGUGCGAAAAGAUCAGCUACGCGCUAGCAGCAUUAUGGCUCAGCGGCUAUUGAAGCACCCUAAGGUUACCGUCAAGUUCAACACCCGAGGUAUCGAGGUUAGGGGUGACGACAAGGUAAUGACUCACUUGGUCAUUGAAGACACAGUUAGCGGAAAGCGACAGCUCAUCGAGGCGAAUGGCCUUUUCUAUGCCGUCGGCCACGACCCGGCCACGAGCUUAGUUAAGGAUCAAUUAGAAACCGAUUCAGAGGGAUACAUUAUCACCAAGCCCGGCUCGCCGCUAACGAGUAUUGAGGGCGUAUUCGCUGCUGGUGACGUACAAGACAAGAGAUAUAGGCAAGCUAUUACCAGCGCAGGUUCCGGCUGCCAGGCUGCUUUGGAAGCGGAGAAGUUUCUCUCAGAGCACGAAGUAGACGAGCGAGAGGGUGCUGCUGAGGGCAAAGCCGAAUGACUGAUAUCCGCAAAGUUCUAAUUCCAAUUGCUAUCACAUAGAGUUCCACGUCAGCGUUCUAGUUGACAAUCUCAUAGACAGAUACCAAAUAGACGGACCCAAGAGCAGCUCAACUCAAUCCAAUCUGGUUAGCACGUAUCCUUUAUGAGAGUGUGUUUACAUGAUAGAAUAGAUAGACGGCUAUAUUCACGUUGGGCCCCCAUCGAUAUUAGGACAAGAAUUGAUGCCAACAUAAAUUUCUACCUCACAUACAUAUGCAUAUCUCAAUUCAUCCCAACAUGCAU